AUGGAUGAGACCCUGGAGUACGACGCUCAGAAUAUCCGGGGGCUGCAGACGUUCCUGGACCAGACAUCUCGUCAGGGCGUGGACGUGUCCCUGCAGAGAGUGGACAGAAACAUCAGCCGCGUCUUCACUAACCUGUUCACCAGCAUGAAGACGGAGGAGCUGAACCGAUACAGAGACACUCUGAGGAGAGCUGUCCUCCUGCUGAGUCCUCACGCUGCUCACACCUUCAUCCUACAGCUCCAACGAGCCGGUGUCUAUCAUGCUAAAACUGGCAGAGGGAAGACGGUUGACUACCGCAUCAGUAAGAACGCGUGGCUCAGAGAACAAGAACAUCCAGUCGUCGAUAAGAUCAACCAGAGGAUCGAAGACAUCACAGGUCUGGACAUGUCCACAGCCGAACACCUGCAGGUGGCUAACUACGGUGUUGGUGGACAGUACGAGCCUCACUAUGACUUUGGACGGGAAGAAAGAUCAGAGCAAUUGGGAAGGAGAAUCGCCACCUGGCUGCUUUACAUGAGUGACGUACAGGCAGGGGGCGCCACAGUCUUCACUGAUGUCAGAGCUUCUGUGAAGCCCAUAAAGGGGACGGCCGUGUUCUGGUACAACCUUUAUGCCAGCGGAGAAGGAGACGAUCGGACGAGACACGCCGCCUGUCCGGUUCUGGUUGGAAGCAAAUGGGUGUCCAAUAAAUGGAUCCAUGAGCGAGGACAAGAAUUCAGGAGACGCUGCGGUCUCCGCAAAACAGACUAGCAACGCUAACUUUGCCACUGCCGGUCAACUUAAUGAUUAAAUAUUUUAUAUUAGAUAUUAAUGAUCAAUAUGUUCGAUCAGUUCAGAUUUAAUCACCUGCUUUUAUUUUGAAAAACUUUUCCAAACACUUCAGAGAGAAAAAAAAAUGAUGAGUCAUGUAACAGAAGUGAGACACAACCAUCAGGACUCAGCAAAAAAACUUGAUUGAUACAAAUUUGUAUUUAUUUUGAUGUUGAACACACACACACACACACACCAAUAAAGUUUAAUCAUUAACUUUUUUCAUACGUCAAAUUUGUUAUAAACAAAGUCGCAGAUUAAAAACGUCUUUAGUAGAAUUAGUUAUUUCUUAAAAAAUAACUUUAAAUG